AUGGCACCUGUUACAGAAAUCGACCAAGGCCCCAAGUCAUUUCCUGUCGAGACCAAUGAAAAGGUCCACGACUCCGAGACCUCCUCCAGCACUCAGGCAGACUUGACUGGCACUGGUGCUCCUGACGCUGAGAAGCUCUCUCGUCACACUCACUGGACCGCUGACAACCAGACUCACGAACUCGAGCCUACUGCUAGCGUUCGUAGCGAUGGAAAGGUUCUGCUCCUUGAAGAGGAUGUCUACGACCAACUCGGUUACGGAUUCCCAACCUGGAAGAAAUGGACCAUUCUUACUGUCAUCUUCCUUGUCCAGGUUUCCAUGAACUUCAAUACCAGCCUGUAUUCAAACGCUCUCGGUGGCAUCUCCGAGGAGUUCAACGUUUCUGAACAAGCAGCUCGCUGUGGUGCUAUGAUCUUCCUUGUUCUCUACGCUUUUGGCUGUGAACUUUGGGCCCCAUGGAGUGAAGAACUUGGGCGUAAGCCAAUUCUCCAGGCUAGUUUGUUCCUUGUCAACAUUUGGCAACUCCCCGUCGCUCUUGGUAAGAACUUCGCAACUAUUAUGGUUGGUCGCGCUCUCGGCGGUCUAUCAUCUGCUGGUGGCUCUGUUACUCUUGGUAUGAUUGCCGAUAUGUGGGAAGCAGAUAAUCAGCAAUAUGCCGUUGCGUACGUCGUCUUCUCCUCUGUCGGUGGUUCUGUCCUAGGUCCUAUCAUUGGCGGUUUCUGUCAGCAGUAUCUACACUGGCGUUGGUGCAUCUGGAUCCAGCUCAUCUUCGGUGGUUUCGUCCAACUCUUGCAUCUUUUCCUUGUCCCUGAGACUCGAUCUACUCUCAUGAUCGACAAGAUAGCCCGAAAGAUGCGCAAGAGCGGUGAAAACCCCAACAUCUACGGAGAAAAUGAACUCACGCCAUGGAAUGAGCGUUUCUCAGCCAAGGAGAUCAUUAAAACCUGGAUGCGGCCAUUCCACAUGUUCUUGACUGAACCUAUUGUCUUGACCCUUUCUCUUCUCAGUGGUUUUAGCGAUGCUCUGAUCUUCAUGUUCAUUCAGUCAUUUUCCCCAAUCUAUCAGCAAUGGGGUUUCGAUGCUGUCCAACAGGGUCUCACAUUCAUCUCUAUUCUAGUUGGGUAUCUCAUCGCCUGGUUCUCUUUCUUCCCCGCUAUCAAGCGUAACAUACGUGAGCGUGCUGCCAAGCCUGAUGAUGAAAUUGCUCAAUAUGAAUCACGGUUGUGGUGGCUGCUUUACACUGCUCCUUGCUUACCUAUCGGCUUGAUCGGCUUCGCUUGGACUACUAUGGGUCCUCCUCUACCUUGGAUUGCAAGCAUGAUCUUUGUAGCCAUUGUCGGUAUUGCCAACUAUGCUAUUUACAUGGCCACCAUUGACUAUAUGAUCUGCGCUUAUGGCCCAUACUCUGCAUCUGCUACGGGCGGAAACGGCUGGUCUCGCGAUUUCCUUGCUGGUGUUCUCACCAUUCCGGCAACUCCCUUUUUCAACAACAUUGGUGGACAUUAUCACAUCCAGUAUGCCUCGACAAUUUUAUUCUGCAUUUCCUUCCUCCUUGUCUUGGCCGUCUACGUAAUUUAUUGGAAAGGACCUACUCUUCGAAAGCGAUCUCCUUUCGCCCAACAGCUCUCCGAUGCGCGUGCUACCACUGAUAUUGCUGGCCAUCGCUUGGCGCGUCUGCCAACUGGUUCUCGCGCGAACUCCUUUGCUCGUUCCCAACAAGAGCUGCGUCUCCGUCAAGCUCUCGGAAGCCGUCAGAACAGCUAUUACGGUUCGCGUGCCAAUUCCCGUGUUAAUUCUCGCGCCAAUUCCCGCGUGAAUUCUCGCCGCAACUCUAUUGCUGAGGUCUAA